AUGUCGACUCCCCGCAACUCCCAAACCACCGCGCGCCCAGCCUACGCUCCUCUCCAGACGACAUGUCUCGCGCAAACCUCGCAGCCGCGCCACCAGCCCCAGCGCCAUCCCAGCUUCGAGUACCGCCCGAAUCGUGAGGGUGCGGGCCAGACGGCCGCCGAGACGACGAAUUACCUGAGCCAGAUGGCGCUGCUGAACGAGGCGGCGAAGCGCGCGCAGAUGGCGUGUGUCAUGCGGGACAUUGGCGAGAUGGAGUUGUAA